AGGCGUGGCAGGGUGGACCCAGAACUGGUUCUGUAGCCAGGGGGCUGGUGAGUAAUCAGCCUAUGAAGAAACAUAUACUGAUCUAUUUAUCAGUCAGUGUACGUCUGCAUCCCUUCUACUUGUGUCUCUGCUGUCAGUGUAACUCGGUCUCCCUGAUCAUUGAAUUGUGAUGGCAUCAGCCUCGUACUCCGAUGUGGAAAAAGCCAUUUAUACUAUAGUGCAAUGUUACUAUUCAUAUGCAGGAGAUGAUGGCAAGAAAGAGACGCUGACUCUGGCUGAAUUCACCAAACUGGUUAACAAAGAACUCCCACACUUUAUGAAGGAUGUCCCUCUGGAGGAGAAGUUGAAAGAACUGGAUGUUAACCAAGAUAAUGAGAUGAAGUUUAGCGAGUACUGGAAACUGAUCUGUGAAUUAUCCAAGAAUGUCAAGAGGGAACAAAAGAAAAAGAAUUGAAUAUAUAUAUAUAUAUAUAUAUAUAUAUUAUAAUCUAUCUAGGGAAGGGUUAAGAAGAACACAAUUUAGUGUUCGAACUUAAAAAAAAAAUGGAAUAUACUGAUGUUAAUUAAAACUUACUUAAAAAUC